AUGAUAUCGGAGUCACAGGAAUGGAUCCUGCACACUAUAUUGCAUUUGUUAUUUACAUUAUGCAUUGUGUAUCCACCAGUUGAGUUUCAACGUGCAGGCUUCACUAUCCAAACAUUAUUUUCUGGAAUAUUGGGUGUAGAACGAGAUGAUUUUGUUGGAUAUCAUUUGAGGAGGUCCUUAUUGACACGUUUCAUACAUUUCUGCCUACCCUUAUUUUACUUCGUCUAUUUAUCGAUGGUUUUACGAGAAACAAUAUUUACCCCUACACCACAAACUGUUUUGCAGUUUGGUGCAUACGUAUCUAUCGCAAUCGCUGGAGUCGCUGCCUUCAUAAUGUUGUAUCAUUGGUGGAAUGGAUUUGAUAAACACUCGACUGUGCACUGUUUGAAAAGCUAUCUUGGCAGUAAUGGAAGCAGUUGGCGUGUAGUAGCUGAAUCAAUCAAUGCAGAGUAUCGCAAUGUGUUGGAUACGUUAAGCAUAACUCUAUCAGGUAUAGAUCGUGUUGUGAUGACAUCUUCGUGGAUUUUGUAUAUUACUAAUUAUACAUUAAUUUGCGCUCAAGUGAGUGAUGUAUCACUGGAGGCUAUAAGAGCUGACGAACAUCCAAUUUCUCAUCAUACACAAAAUGGUGGUUCGGCGCAGUUCAUCAACAUAUGCGUAAGCAGUACAACACAACGUUUCGAACCAUUUAUCAUCAGAAUACGUGCAGAAUCAUUCCGUGAUUUGCGUAACAAGCUAGAUAAACCUAUUGCUGUAGCUCGAGAAGUAGUAUUGAAGCAAUCACUUAAUGAGCGUUUCGUUGAAGCAUUCACACAACAAAUUGCUUUGAAUCCUAAAUAUGAAUAUGACGAGCCGGAACGCCUUGAGCCAUGUUUGGGUUGCUCUACUGAGAUGUCGAACAUCAAAUUAUGGAAACAGUGUCUGAAUAAUAUUCAGGAUGAUAUGGGUGCAGAAGGACCUAAACUCCAUUGCACGCAGUGCUAUUGCAGACCUAUGUGGUGUGACACAUGUAUGGGACUUAUCUUUGCAUCUAAACAAGAUCCACAUCAUCCCGAACUGUGGAUGCCUGGCAAAGCUCAAUGUCCAACGUGUCGAGCGACAUUCUGCGUUCUUGAUGUUGCGUUUUUAAAUAUGACUAAGAAUUCAUAG